UGCACACAGUCACGUAAAGAAUAAAUACUUAACCACUUUAAAAAUAUAAAUAAACACAACAACUGUGGCGUGCCUAUUUGCCAACGCCGCGAGAGAUAACGUAGAUAUCCAUCCAACAGAUACACUUUGUAAGCGCCUAACGUUCUGUAAAAAAACGAUAAGAAAUUCUUAUUCUUGCAUACACCACACGAUACAUAUGUAAUAAUGUAAAUAAAACGUGAUUUGCUGGUAAAUACGAAAGAGUGCUGUGUUUAAUGGCAAUAAACUCCAGCAGCAAGCUAUUAUAAUACAUACAUACUCGUAGUGCACUGCUUGUGUGGCAAGCGCGCGUGUGUUAAUUUUGAUAUCUAUUAUUGUGAAUGUGCACCCAAGUAUAAGUUAAAAAGAAAAAAGAAAAAAACAAAUAAAAAUUGUCAUUAGUUUAUCUUGCAACGGCGCGUUGCACAAUCAAUCGCGCCACCGCAAUCACAACCAUAAUCGCAAUUGAAAUCGUAAUCCCAAUUGCCACCUACACACAUACACACAUUCGGUUACUUUGAAUUGUAAAUUUUUUUAACUGGAAAUAAAUAAUUACCGCUAGAACGCUGACAAUUUUCAAUUAUGCUCGCCAUUAAGGAGUGUUUAAUACGCGAAGGUGUUCUGAAUUUGACGUCAACUGCCAACCAUGGCACCAUUGACGGUAGUCGCCUUCCAGCUGAUGCAACGAAUGGUGGCGUUGGUGAUGGUGGUGCGGAAGGCGAUGGUGCGGCUGCAGCUGCAGCUGGGGCGGCAGGUGUUAACAACACAAGCGUUUAUCGCAACAAGUACAACAACAACGGCAUUGCCAACAGCAAUAGCAACAGCAACAGCAACAUCAAUAAUUUGCGCGCCAUUAGCGCGAAUUACACUUACAGUAAUAAUAAUCGUAAUAAUCGCAAUUAUGCAGCUGCACCACCACCACAACGACCAUUGGCACUCGAUUCCGACUCCCAGUUGGCCAAGUUGAGAGAUCAAAAAUCCGUCGACACUACACAUAGUCAUAAUAUUAAUACCAAUAACGAGAACGUAUCCUCAAAUUGUAGUCUAUCCUCCGCAUCAGCCACUGCCAAAUCGAGCUGCCAGCAAACUUCGAUAUACGAUAAAUCAAAACAUCUACAACAACAACGAGUAUCGUCUAAACAACAAUCACAACAACAAACUGGAACUAAAACCCACACACGUUAUCAGGGUGUACAUCCCCAUUUUCAUCACCACACCACACCCGCCUACUAUACUGAUGUCAAUCUACACAUUCACACCCCAAAGGCUAAUGAUGUUGCCGCCUUAAAUGAGAAUUACCAAAGUGUCUAUAGUACACCAUCACAAUUGGUCAAUGAGCAUUACUUUCCGAAGACCAGCACCGCUACAGUAGUGCCACCCCCAAUUGGGACAGGUACAGCAUCUAUUGGCAGAGCCAAUACUACAUCGCCCACAUCAGUUGCUAAGCGGGAUCGUGAACGCAUUUUCUCGCCGGAUAGCGCGAUCAGCAGCCAAACCAAAAGCAGUAACGCAUCUGUUGCACGUGCAGCUUUUUUUCGUGGCGGCUCUGCGGGCAGCAGCGUCAACAGUGGCGAAAGAAGAAACUGCGAAACUUCUGUAAAGUCGUCGCCAGUAUUUGGGCGCCCUGCAAAGAAAGGUGAAUUUAACGAUAACGAACAAUCAUACACACCAUACGAUACGAUCAGUGGUAGUACUAGUUUUGUUGUUGAUACACAAAGUAGUGAAUGUAGUAAAAGUAAUAAUGAUAAUAAUAAUCAAUUAGACAACACGAUAGAUACAUAUAAAACACAACACAAUAGCAACAAUAACAUACCCAUAACGUCCCCCACAUCGGCAGGCAAUACAUCGGCGUCGGCAUCGGCAUCAGCAUCAGCAUCCGCCUCGGCUUCUGCUUCGGCUUCCGGUCGCAGUCGUCACACAAAUCGCUUCGCUGGUAAAAAACGCGCAGUGCGCGUGCGCAGCGAGAGUCGACCGAUCAGCGCGCUCUAUGACAUAAUAUGCAAGGAGAAGGGGCUGGAUAUUGGUACGAGCACAACCAACGACGAGGACUCAUCAUCGCCACCAUCAAACGACGACGAAAGUCGAAGCGCUCACAACAAGCGCAGCAAUAGCAGUAAAGAACAUAGCCGCCAACGCAGCAUCAGUAGAAAUAGUAAUAGAAAAAAUAGUAACGAUUUUACAGAGAUCUCAAAUUGUCUGACUGCUUUCGUCGCGAAUUCAUUGUCCAGCAACUUGGGUGGACACAAUAUGGAGAAUGAAGCGAAAGUUGUUUCAGUGACUGGUGACCCAACAAAAGCACCGUAUGACCGCUCGAAACGCGCGCACAAGUCACGUACACCGAACAGUCAAAAGUCCGGCUCCAAGAAGCGCAAGGACUUGGGUAAAACCAAAGCCGCAGCCGCAGCCGUAGCCACAGCGGUCACUGCUAUCAUGCGCAGUGCAAGCGAUGAGGAGGAGCUAAACGGCGACACCAGCGAAGAUUCAAACGAGCGACGCGCACACGAUGUACUCUCGCCACGCUCAAAAUAUCGCGCAGACUAUAGCCGCACAAUGAAUGGCACAGAGAAGGCGUCCUCCCUACCGCCACGCCUACAUGGCACGGCGCGCAACGGCAAACAAGCGUCACAUCAACAGAAGUCAGCCUGUCAUGCCAAUGCCGCCGAUUCGAAUACAUAUCCGAUUAUGAAGAAGUGUCCAGUUCAUUGCGAAUCAUCUGAAUCAUCAAGCGCCGCUCAUCGUUCGGCUCAUUAUUAUCCACUCGAAUAUCAUCAAUCCACAUUGCCAUCACCACCACCACCACCACCAAACCUGUCAUCCGGCCCAUGUAGUAGUAUACGCUCGCCCAACAACGCCACCGCAACAGGCGAUGACGAUAGUCUCAUGGUAGUUAAUAGCCUCGGCUACUCCCCAGACAAGUUGUACUUUGAGCCUGUAAAUCUGAAUCUUAGCGGUAUUUCAUCCAGCACAGCUAGUGGUAAAAAUGCGAAUAGUAGUAGCAGUGGCGUAGUUGUUGAGCAAACGUCCAGCAAUAGUACGGCGCGAAGUCAGCAACAACGCUUUAGUCGCGCUCAGCAGCGACGACUGCGUGAAGAAAUGCGUCGUCAUACGGAUCUACCGCAACUGGACUCGCUCUCGCCGACCACGCUAAGUAGUCAAUUGGAGCAAGUGGAGAGAGCGCUAAGCGAAGAUGAAGGUGUUGCGGGCAUCAAGCAGCUCAAGAGUCGCGGAAACAAGGCGAGAAGAUUUAUAAAUCGCCCCAGCCGUACACCAUCACGUGGUCGCACCGGCAAUAGUGUCAACGGUUCACCGCAUCCAGUACGCCGCAACACACGACACAGUGAGAGUUCAUCGUCACCAUCAUCGCCAGUGCCCGCGCGUCGCUCGGCAACAAUCGCAAACGACCACUAUCUAAGUAGCCCAGUUGCGCCACCACCACCCACCACCACCAUAGUUCAAUCAAUAGCCGGUAUUACAAUCGAGGAUGUAGGAGGCUCUGCCUCGUCGGCCGAUCACAUUACACAUAUAAAAUUAUCAGCACUACAAAUAAUGACCAAUUCAGCGACGCCGGCUACUGAGCUCCGUCCGCCGGCAAAUGGCAGCGCCGCGCUGGACGAGGGCGAGGCGCAUCCCGCUGAGACCGAAAUGCAUGGCGAAAUGAAUGAGGAAGCCGGCACUGCCAAUAUUGGCGUCCAGGUGGCCAAUUCAGGUGAGUUGAAAGUGGUCGACUGUUUGCUGAUAUUUUUUUUUUCAUCCAUUUCUUUGAUUGCUGUCUUGUUUAGAGUGUGCAUUGUGUUUGUGUUUUUUUGUCUAAUUUUCUGUUUAAAUUUUUUUGCUGCUGCAUAUGUACAUACAUUUCUAUCUUAUUAUCUCACGGAUUUUCUGUUUUUGCAUCGUGUUAAAUUUUUCAUAAUUUUUAGUGCAUUUACGUUUUUCUGAGUCUUGGCAUGAGUUGCUUAAAAGUUUGAGUUAAUUGCAUUUUGUUGUUGACUUUAU